AUGGCCACCCCCGACAGGAGAGUGGUCUCCAGACCCUGGGGCCCUGGCUGGGGGCGCCAGGGGAGCGGGGCCUGCCUGGGCUCCCUGGAUGACCUGCCAUGUGAGGGGACCCAGGAGCUGGCACCGGCACAGGUGGCCAUGCUGAGGAAGGCCCAGGAGUUCUUCCAGACCUGCGAUGCCGAGGGCAAGGGCUUCAUCGCCAGGAGGGAUAUGCAGAGGCUCCAUAAGGAGCUGCCCCUCAGCCUGGAGGACCUGGAGGAUGUGUUCGAUGCCCUGGAUGCUGACGGCAAUGGCUUUCUGACCCCAGAGGAGUUCACCACUGGAUUUAGCCACUUCUUCUUCAGCCAGAAUAAGCCAAGUCAGGAAGAUGCAGAUGAGCAGCUGGCCCAUUUCCAGGAAGAGAAGGUGUAUCAGACCAGAGGGGACGAGGAUCUGGGUGACAUGGACGAAGAUGAGGAAGCCCAGUUCCAGUUGCUGAUGGACAGACUUGGAGCCCAAAAGGUUUUGGAAGAUGAAAGUGACGUCAAGCAACUCUGGCUGCAGCUGAAGAAGGAUGAGCCUCACUUACUGUCCAACUUUGAGGAUUUCCUGACCAGAAUCUUCUCACAGCUCCUAGAAGCCCACGAGGAGAAGAACGAGCUGGAGUGCGCCCUGAAAAAGAAAAUUGCUGCCUAUGAUGAAGAAAUCCAGCACCUCUACGAGGAGAUGGAACAGCAAAUCAAAAGUGAGAAGGAGCAGUUUCUCCUGAAGGACACGGAGAGGUUCCAGGCCCGCAGUCAGGAGCUGGAACAGAAGCUGUUGUCCAAGGAGCAGGAGCUGGAGCAGCUCGUCCAGAAGCAGAAGCGGCUGGAAGGCCAGUGCACGGCCCUGCACAACGACAAGCACGAAACCAAGGCUGAAAACACCAAGCUGAAACUCACCAACCAGGAGCUGGCCCAGGAGCUGGAGCGGACGUCCCGGGAGCUGCAGGACACCCAGCGCCAGCUGGAAAGCCUCCAGCAAGAGGCCCGCAAACUCCACCAGGAGAAGGAGAUGGAAGUGUACCGCGUCACAGAAAGUCUGCAGAGGGAGAAGUCCGGGCUCCUGAAACAGCUGGAUUUCCUGAGGGAAAGGAACAAGCAUCUUCGGGAUGAACAGGACAUAUGUUUUCAGAAAGACAAGGCAGCCAAGGCAAACACAGCUGCUUCCAAGGCAAGCUGGAAGCAGCGAUCUGGCUCUGUGAUCGGCAAAUACAUGGACAGCAGAGGGGUGCUCAAAAGUCAGUCAGAGGAGGAAGAAGAUGUGUUUGGCUUUCCGAGGAGGAGGAGCUCCCUGGGCCUGAGUGGGUAUCCCCCUACAGAAGAGGAGCCGGGGACCGGGGGUCCGCUCCCUCGGCGGCUCCGCAGAAUCAUCUCCAUUGAAGAGGACCCGCUGCCCCAGCUGCUGGGGGGUGGCCUUGAGCAGCCUCUGAGCAAAUGCCUGGAAGAGGGGGAGGCCUCCGACCCUGGGGUGGAGAGACAAAUCGGAUCUGCCCGACCUCUGGGACUCACGCCUGCAUCUCCCCGAGGGCAGCCCGUCGGAAAAGAAGCCCUGUCUCAGGAGGAAGGCUCUGUGCCCACCCCAGACCGGCUCUUCAAGAUCGUGUUUGUGGGCAAUUCCUCUGUGGGGAAGACGUCCUUCCUGGGCCGGUUCUGCGACGGCAGGUUCUUCUCGGGCUCGGCGGCCACCGUGGGCAUCGAUUACCGCGUGAAGACUGUGCGUGUGGACGACUCACGGGUGGCCCUGCAGAUGUGGGACACGGCAGGACAGGAGAGGUAUCGCUGCAUCACCCAGCAGUUCUUCCGAAAGGCCGAUGGCGUUGCCGUCAUGUACGACCUCACAGACAGACAGUCCUUCCUGGCCGUGCGGCAGUGGCUGAGCAGCGUGGAGGAAGCUGUGGGAGACUGUAUUCCCGUUCUUCUGCUGGGCAACAAAGUUGACAACGAGAAAGAGCGGGAAGUGCCACGGGGCCUGGGAGAGCAGCUGGCCAAGGAACACAACCUCAUCUUCUACGAGUGCAGUGCCUAUUCCGGUCACAACACCGAAGAGUCCGUGCUCCAUCUGGCCAGGAUCCUCAAGGAGCAAGAAGACACAGUGAGGGAGGACACCGUUCAGAUUGACCGCUCUGCCAAGAAGAAAGCCUGCUGCAGCUGAUACAGGCCUCCUGGGCCUCCCGCCCGGGUCUGAGGCCACAGAGCCUACCCUGCCCCCUUCACGCAGGCUCCUGCACAGAUGCC